GUGUACUUUCCAUUACAAAAUGGCGCUGCUCGUGUAUAGUGCGUAACUAUUGUGUAGAAUAUUUUCAAAAUAUCAGGGGAAGGCCUAAAGCGCUGGGAAUAUAACGCGAACAGGUUGUCCGAGUCUUCAACUCCUGUGCAGGAAUGGAGGAAUAUUCCCCAAUGGGUCAUCCGGAACUACGUGCUGUCGACGAGGUAGAGGAACAAAGCUUAAUCAUCAGUUGAUAAAGUAUGGGUAGAAGACGUAAAACAGAUAAUAUAGUUUCGGAUAAUCAGGUGCCAGGCACAAGCAGACAGAGAAAAACCCAUGGACUCAUUGAUGAAAGAAAGCCAGGUACAGGUAAAGUAAAAGGAAGGCCUAGUACCAGGAAGGAUGUUUCCAGUAAUUUAGAGAAGCUGAAGAAGAAUAUUUCAAGAAGAAGAGAGGGAGGACGAAAACUGGGAACCAGAACAGAGUUGAAAAGAUCAAGGUCACGAGAAUCAGGUGCUCCUGUUAUUCAUGAGAAAAAUGUGAUCAAUGCUGCUAAGAGAAACAUGGUUCAGGAAAGGUGUUACUUGAGGAACCGUGUUGUAGCAACCUCAGCUUCAAGCCCAGCUUCCGUUGUACCAUCUGCUGCAAAAAGGAAGAAAAAUAGAAAAACAUCGAAUUUCAUAAAGAAGACCAAGAAAAGGGGGAAGAAAUCGGGUCUUGUUAAAGAUAGAAACGACAGUUCAAAGUCAAAGGUUGGUACAAAAAGGAAGAGGAAGAGUACGGAAAGUGCUUCAUAUUUAGAUGGAGGAAUUUCUGGUGAUGAGCGACCUUGUAAAAGGUCAAGGACACAGUUACCUGCUACCGUGACAACCAGGUCAAUGAGAGCAAAGAAGGUUGGAGUGACUCGUUUCAUUUUUGAUAAAGUUUGUAACUGUUCAGAGAAUGUUUAUUUUUCCAUUUUUACCGACGGGGGUCUAAUCAGAGGAUGUCCUUGCGGUAAAAGAUAUGAACAAUUCAUGAAACUGACAGGCGGGUUUGAAACCUUUCUUAAUAGAGAUGCUUCAGGCAAAGAUAAGAAGUCAAGAAAUGCAGUGGAUUAUUUUAAUGUACUGUCUGUUGAGAUGAUAUGCUAUAUAUUUCAAUAUUUGACUCUGAAAGAGAUGUUACGGUUUGAAUCGUUGUCAAAAAAGCUUCAGAAAGCUGUCCAGGCUAGUUUAUCAAUACGAGAGGAAAUCGAUUUCAACGAGGAUGUCUGUGAUAAGAGACUUUUUGAGAAUAAUCUACCAAAUAUGACAAACAAAAUGUUUUCCAGUCUUCUCAGUAAGUUGCCAAGGUUACGGUUUAUUUAUAACUUUCAUCCAGCAAACAUUUCAUCGUACCUAAAUGUGAGUUCGGAUGUUUUAACUGUUGCAGCAGUUGUUGAUACUCUUGUUGCGUGUAAAUCAUUAGAAGGUAUAGAAAUAUCAAACAUGGAUCUACUAGAAAAUAUUGUGUCAAAAACCUCUCAUCCGAAGAUUAUUGGGAAGUUUCAGAACCGUAAUCCACAGUUUCCGGUGCUAAAUGGCAGUACGACGGUGCUGAAAGAUGAUUCGAGAAUUACAAAUCUUCAUCUAGUCGGUUGUUCUGUGUACUACAUGCCACAAAUGGACAGUCACCUGGAGCAUCUUUACUUGAGGAUGGUGAAAUUCGUCCAUCAUCAUCCAUUCAAGGAUUUCUCAGCGUGCAAGUUAAAGACAUUUGUGAUGUCACAUUGCAUUGGUCCAAGCAGUGCACUCAAGUACAUUCCGUUACUGAGUGCUCUCGCAGAAGCAAGAGGAUUGAAACGUCUCGAGCUACAGAGAGUCCCAGUCUUAGGGGGAGUAAUCCAACAUUUAUGCGAAGAUAACUGGCAAGAUGGAGGGUUUAGGCGACUGAACAGUAUCACAAUGGGGGAGUGUAAGAAUGCUCUUGAUGUUGAUCUGGGCUUUCUGAUUAUAGCUGCAGCUGCACAUAUUGAAGCAUUGAGGAUACAGCCCAGUCUCACAAAAGAUGCAGUAUUUUCAGCUCUGGCGAUAGCUGAUGUCACAAUCAACCCGGGAUUUGAAGAGCUUUGUCUAGGAUGGAAGGAGGCCGUCCCAUUUAAUGAAAAUUGGACCAAUGCGGAGCUGGUAGCGGAGGGCCUAGCAGAUCUUCCAGAGUCGCAGUCUCGCAUUACUGACUCUGGUAUGCGGCUUGUUGGACAGUGUUUUCAGCCAUUGAAGAAGUUAGAGAUACACAAUUGUCCAAAUUUGAUCAAUCCUUUACUGUGGUUGACUCCUGGCCAGCAUUACUUACGACAUAUUCGUGAUUUGACCUUGGAGAAUUGUCACAGUAUGCGAGUUGAGAAAUUCUGUGCCUUUCUAACAUUCCUACCCGAGCUACGGUACCUCACACUGCGAGAAAUAUUCAAGGAACCUCCACUUGGCUGCUCAAGGGUUGGACUCAGCGCUGGCACUGGUUUGGGAAUAUCUGCAGCAUUAAUAAACCCCCAGCCUUUAGUGAAUAAUCCCGGUGGCUUGAACAACAAUGACGAUGAUGAUGCUGCUGACAAUGCAGCUGUAAAUGGUGCAAAUGAUGGUGCUAUAGACAAUAAUCCACCAGCUGAACAAGGUCAAGGUGAUAACAGGGGAGAGGAUGAUGGGAUUGAAAAUGAGGCAGCCAAUCAGAAUGGAGAUAGGGGAAAUGUAGCCAAUCACAAUGCAGCUGCUGAAUUUGAAAAUCAAAAUGAACGUUAUAACUUCAGACAUACGUCAAGAAAUGCCUCUUGUCAAACAGAUUCUGAACAAGGCUCAUCAAGAACAACUAGGAGUAAAAAUAAGACUGAAAAUUCCAGCAGAAAGUCGCCUAGAAUAUCUCAUAAUGUUCGAAGUUCUAAAACUACCCAAAAGAAUACUAAUCAAGCAGCCUGUGAUAAAAACAAAAGUUUAAAUAAUGAAUCAAGUUCAGAUGGGCGUGGGGUUCCAGUAGGGAGUAAAAAUGGAGUGGUUUCUAAGAGAGGAAAGGCCCUUGUAACCAAGAAGGGGCUUGUCAGUAGGGUGAAGUCAAGUAAAGGAAAGGGAAAAGAAAGUGACACUUUGAAGACAGAUGCUGAAAAAGAGAAUUCAAAAGUUAAGAAUGGUUGCACCUGUGUGAAAGAGACAGUAGAUAUUGGUUGUCAGGCCUCAAAUGAUGACAUCAGGAAAGCUUGCAGUCAGAAAAGCACAAGAAAAAAGAGGGCUGCUCGGAAACCUCAGGAUAAGGAGAAAAUAAUUAAAGCAGGAAGAUACAAGCCUAGUUCAGUGUAUGAGACACCAAGGCCAAGCCCGUCCUGCCCAUUACACCAUGGUAGGAAGCGGUCAAAACCAUCAGUGGCGGACAAAUGUGACAGUACGAAUGAUCCGGUCUGGGAAGAGGACCACAGUAUGGUGUUGACUAUCCUACAUAGAAGAUUAGAGUACUUAAAAAUUGAUGCUGUAGGAAUUACAGAACUAAAUGUUGUCUGCUACAAUCUACAAACAUUAUCAGUGUCAAGAUGCAGAGUGCUUAAAUAUGUAAAAUUGAAAGAGGCUCCUUUCCUUGAAAAUGUUCAUGUGUCUCAGUGUAGGAAAGUGAAUGAAUCCAAUCUGCUGGAUGAAAUAUACAGACUGCCACCAAACAGGAGCAAGUUUGUGUCCUUACGCCCUCUUCACUAUGUGGAUGAGAGUUUGUAUGAUGACCUGAUGUUCUUCGGUGAUUUCCAACACUACAACUUCGGUACUGUGAUGACAUUUGACUACAGUGACAAACCCAGCGAGACCAACUAUAACAAACUACGUAUGAAAUCAUGGAUCAGUAUGCUAGAAAGAAUGACAACGAUGACGAUGAUGGACCAUGGUUGGCAAAGAUUCCAUGAAAUGGAGCAUCCAAAUAAAGGUCUUGUGGUCGAAGAAGGCGACAGCAGUGAUGGCUCUAAAUGGAAGAUGUAUGCAGAUAUUCCAUGGAUAGGUGUGCUCAGCCAGUGUCCCGAUAUGGAAGAACAAAAUAUCAAAGAUCCAGACUGGAUGAAGCCUGGAGUGUACAGUAUGGAAGCUAAGGGACACUUCAGUUUCUGGGAUGCCUAUGCAGAUGUACAGGACUAUGUUGCUUACAUGGGUCCGGAUCAAGGUGGAUUGUACGAAUGUAAUGUGCUAACCUACGUCAAUAUGUGUGACAUCAGUGGUGUACCAACACAGGAUGCUUUGAAAGUCUUGUAGGCUUUAUUUUGAGAACUUGGAAAUGUGAUAUCAAAAAGACGAUUUUAAGGCACUAUUGGUUUCAGGAGAAAACUGAACUGUGGCAUUAUACUGUUAUUCUUUAAGACUUUGUAUGGAAAACAGGUUUAAUAAUGCUGAAAUGUGAUGUACAAAGAUGAUUUUAAGGCACAAUGGUUUUACAAGUGACUUAAAUAUGUGGCAUCUUAUGCUGACUUAAUUUGGGAGUGCUUUGAGAGCAGUUAAGAUUUUAUGUAUAGAGAUAAAUGUGAUCAGUUUCUUUCUUUUGCACAACACUGAAAUGUGAACUAAAUGAUUUGUGACAUUAUUCAUAUACUUUCAAAGAAUACCAUUGGAAUUACAUACAUGCUGUUAGAGGACACUGAAAUGUGACCUCAAGAUGAUUUUUGUGUAGAAAUCAGUUGUGUUGGAAAACGCUGAACUGGACAUAAAACUAUACCAGUAAUAGGCCAAAUAUAUAUGGCUGUUUAGAAUAUAGAUAAGACAUGUUCUGUUUCAGAAGCCGUAAAAUGUGAUCAGUGUUUGCUUUAUUGCACACUACUGAUAGGUGACAUCAUCAGCUUGUCUGUCCGGAGUCGUAACCUUAAAAACUGUUCAGUAGAUUUUCAACUACACGCAAAUGUUCCUAAAUAUUAAAGUUUAGGUAUAAAGUAAAUGUCUCGCUUAGCAGUCCAGUAGCAUCAUUUCAUUUCUGUUCCCAUAUGUUCUUGACAGCUGAAAGGAAUUUCAUAAAACUGGCAUCAGGUAUUUACCACAUGAAGGCAACAUGCCAAACACAUUUGAGCCGUGCCAUGAGAAAACCAACAUAGUGGCUUUGCGACCAGCAUGGAUCCAGACCAGCCUGCACAUCCGCGCAGUCUGGUCAGGAUCCAUGCUGUUCGCUUUCAAAGCCUAUUGGAAUCAGAGAAACUGUUAGCGAACAGCAUGGAUCCUGACCAGACUGCGCGGAUGUGCAGGCUGGUCUGGAUCCAUGCUGGUCGCAAAGCCACUAUGUUGGUUUUCCCAUGGCGCGGCUCAUUUUUUAAAUUAGUAGGUCAAGGUUACAGUUGAGGCCAGUUGGAGGCCGGUUGUCAGAUAGGUCUAUUUCAUGUCGGACCAUAUGUUCUAAACAGCUGGAAUAAAUUUUUGAAUAAUCAGCAUCAAUUACUUACCUUAUAAAAUGGUUUGUUAGUGCUUAUAAUCCAGGUCAUUAGGUCAAUGUUAUACUUAGAUGCCCAAGGUCUAAUUGCUUUAUUUAAUGUCCGACAGUGUACUCCAUAUUAACUUGACUGUUACAAGAAUUUUGAUAAAACUUGCAUCUGUUAUUACCUUAUGAGGAUACAAUGCAGAAUUGAAAGCCAAAAUCACUUGGUCCAGUCCCCUUCCCAGUGUCCAAGUGGCGUCUUCUUGAUGUUUUACAGAAGCAUGUCUUACAAAAUAUGACAUUUUGUUGUACAUAUGGAGGCAUGCCCCUUUAAUGGAGAACACUGUCACAGCUGAUACAUUUAUUUUGUGCUGGAUCUUUGUUGAAUAAUUUUGAGGGAGAGAUUUAAUAAUCUUGUUCUAUGUUGAAGCUGAAAUGUCACUUCUUUUGUUCCUAUUGUGUUUUCUGGAUUGACAGCCAACAAAUGAUGGAAAACUUUCCAUGGCGGAUGAUGAAUAAUUCAGACACACACAUGUAUGUCUGAAUAUAUCUCGUUCAUAGGGGACAUUGUUAAUCUUUUUAUUUUGUGGUUAUUUUUCUCCAUACAAUAGAGAUGGGCAAGAUAAUAUCAAUAAAAUGUUAUACCGGAA